CACCAAUGAUCUAUGAGAUUGUCUUAGUUUUUAAGUUAGCCACCGGCAAAUUUAAAUUUGUCAAAAGUACUUGUGUUUUAGUUUCUUAUCAACUUUAGUGUUGUCCGGACGUUAAAAUACUGGUGUAAAUUUGUAACUUAACCUCAAAAGUUAUUUGUAGUGAAAUGAACUUUAUUAUUUAUGAGUCAAAGUUGUUUUUCUAGACGUUUAUUAAGGCGGCAAUGACCGACAAAAUAGUUUAAGUGCAAAUUGAUAAAUAAACAGAGAUUCUUGCGACAAUUUUAAAAGUUUAGGUAAUUUGUUUGUAAAAUAACUUACUUUUUAUUUUGUGAUUUAAUUGUUAAUGUAAAGUGAUGGAGUUUCGUGGGUUUAAAAGUUUUAUAUAGGUAGAACUGAUGUACGUAAAUGAAUUUAAUUAGUCAGUGUGUGUUAGUAAAUAAAUGUGCACUAAACGUGUAUUUUCUUCGCUAUUCUCGUCAGACGUGGAACGUGGCGACCCCGACAAGGAUGCUGACGAGACUCAGCUCCGACCUCUCCUGCCCCGGCGCGGCCCGGGGAACAAUGGCCAAAACCCUGGCAGCCAGGGCAGCCCAGCUCAGAAUACCCAGGGUAGCCAGGGUAGCCAGGGGAAACGGAACAAGAGCCCGAGGCGAGGCAAGGCUAGCGCGCACGGGCAGGAUGUUGGUAGAAAGAAGAUACCGGCGGUGCCGGAGAAACCCCCCCUCUCCGUAGUCAUCCCCCCCGCCCCCGACUCGUCAGCCAGCACCCCCACCCCCACCCCCCAGACGGAGACGGCCACCUCGCUGCAGAAGCGCUGGCGGCGCAGCGACCGCCGCCUGCGCAGGCUCAACACCGAGCUGCUUGAGGCUAUUGAGACACACGAUAUUGAGGGAGUGGAGAGGUUGCUCCAAAACGGUGCCAACCCCAACGCGACAUGCCGCCUGGGGAACGUGUCAGCGUGCCACAUGGCGGCCAUAUUCGGUGGCGACGCCAUGUCGCUACUCCUGCGUCACGGCGCCGAGAAACACCGUCUGGACAAGCUGGGCCGCACGCCGUUGCACCUGGCUGCUUAUGCUGGGAACUCCAGGCAGGUUGCUAUCAUGCUGGACUUUCCUGAAGACAUGCAAGCCCGCGUGGAAAGCGACAUGUCAUCAGGCACAGAGGAAGACGUGAGGAAACUCUGCCAAGUCACCAGGCAGAUGGUGAACGUUCGCUGUGACCUGGAGGAUGUACACAUACUGGUGCCCAAGACCUGGAAGGACAAUAUUGACCAUGACUGCAAGGAUAUCAGAGGAACGCUCCCUCUCUUCCAACCUGGUUGGACGCCUCUCCACGUUGCCAGCUCGUGCGGCCGACGUCAUUGUACUCGGCUUUUGCUCGCCGCAGGCGCCGAUCCCAACAUUUGUGACGUCAUGGGCCGCACACCAAUCGACGUUGCUGGCUCGGCGCUGUAUUAUGAACAAGAAAUUAAGGAGGACUACUUCGUUGACGUCCUAAAAAUGCUCCUCAAAGCCAAAGGGCAGUUCCACACGAUGCGCGGCGAAAAAGGAGUAACCAACGUCGACACUCCUCUCCAUACAGCAGUCAUGCUCGACAGCAAGGAAGCCAUAGAACUACUUCUAGAAGCUGGUGCCCAAGUGUCCUGUCUCAACAGUUCUGGGCUCACGCCACUGCAUUUAUGCGUGAAGAAGGAGCAAGAAAUAGCUUUGCAGGUGUUAGCCAACUUCGACUACAAACAAGCAGACCCUCUUUCUGCAAUAGUUGACGUCAAAGAUGGGGAAGGACACACGGUACUUCAGUCGGCUAUAGAAGCGGAGUGGGUGCCGGGAGUCUGUGUGGCCUUGGAGGCUGGAGCUGAUGUCACAUUGAGGGCUAACGAUGGAGAGACCCCGAUCCAUUCAGCAGCAGCCAUCGGCAACAUCGAAGUCCUGAGCGAGAUCCUCAGCCUCGCCAAACAGUGCAAGUUCAUCGACUGCGUAAACGACGAAGGAGAAACCCCUCUAUUCAAAGCCAUCACCAACGGCCACGUCGCCUGCGUUAAAGCGUUGCUCAAAGAUGGCGCUGCCAUCGACAAAACUCUACCAGGGGACGUUAAUGUUCUCCACGCCGCAGCCGACCACGGCCAUUUAGAAAUACUUAGAUGCCUUCUAGAAUAUGAUCAGAGCUAUCAAAUGCUAAACGACCUCACAGCAGCUGAUAGGAGAGGCAUGGGUCCGAUACACUUCGCUGUGUCCGGCAACCAUUAUGAGUGUGUCAAGUUCCUUCUUGAGAAGAACGCUGACAUCAGGCUCCGGACUACUUGUAGCCCUCACAAAUCUUCCACUCCUCUUCAUAUUGCUGCUGCGAAGAACCACUCAGAAGUUGCUAAAGUAAUACUGACUAUGGACAAGACGACGAUACAUGAAGUUAACAGUAUGGGCUGGUUCCCUUUGCAUACUGCUUCGCACCAUAGCAGUCGCGAAGUUAUAGCUUUGCUGCUAAAAGAUGGCGCUAAUCUGGCCGGUUACACUGAUGGUCCAAAGAAAUUCCGGAGAACAGCUAUUGACAUGCUUUUGAAUAAUUUGUCCAAGCCAACUGAAUACUUAGAAGAGGUUUUAGACUCUUACAUUACGUCAAGCACACAAAAUUUACAGGAAACUGACUGUGUUGUAACAGUUGAUUUCGCUGUUCUUAUACCAAAUGUCUGUGAAAUGGAGCAGAUGAAAGUAAUCGAAGCGCUGCUUAAGACUGGGAAUAGAUAUGGACAGAGAAGGUUACUCGUACACCCAUUAGUCGAAAGUUUCCUGUUUUUGAAAUGGAAAGUUUUACUUCCUUUUUUCUACACAAUCAUAGCAUUUUAUGCAUUUUUUGUGUUCUCGCUGUCGACGUUUGUGGUGUCUGUGUUCUGGUAUAAAGACACACAACAGGAGGCGCCUGAAUGGCUGAGCCCGCAUAUUUGGGGGUACAUCGUAUAUGCUGCGAUGUGUCUUGUAAUGAUACAGGAGCUCCUAUACAUGAACGUGAAAAGCAGCCGUUACUUCCUCCAACUAGAGACCUGGGUGAAGUUCGGCUCCAUCGGCCUGGCGACCCUGCUACCACCAGCCAUCACCAUGAACUCCUGGAUGGAGACCGACUGGCCGCGCCACGUGGCCACGGUGGCGUUACUACUGGCCUGGCUGGAGAUGAUGUUCCUGCUGUCAAGGUUCCCGAACUGGGGGUACUAUGUGCUCAUGUUUGGGAAGGUCGCGUCUAAUAUUGUAAAGAUUCUCCUAACAUUUGGAUUCCUAGUCAUCGGUUUCUCCUUAUGCUUCAUGAUCCAGUUCCGCUCCACAGAACCCUUCGACGAUCCCUGGUCGGCGCUGGUCAAGACCUUGGUCAUGAUGACCUCAGAAUUUGAAUACGGGACCAUCUUCGACGACGACCACGCCCAAACACUCUCCACAUCCAUAUCUAUAGUCAGAUUAAUGUUUGUUUUAUUCCUAAUUCUAGCAGCAAUAGUCCUAAUGAACCUGAUGGUUGGUGUUGCUGUCAAUGAUAUCAAUGACUUGGAAAUCUUAGGGAACAUCAGCAGACUCGCAAAACAAGUAGAAUUUCUAGGAACCUUAGAUGUACUUGUCUACAAUAGGUUCUUUCAAACAGUAUUACCAAAAAGGGUGAAUAACCAUAUCAAGAAUAGAAGAAGAGUUACAGGGACAAUCAGUCUUUGUCCAGGAAAACCUAGAUGGAAACACUAUACAGUAUUGCCCUCAAAAAUAAGAGACGCAAUUUUAGACAAAGCUCAAGCUCAUGAGAAAAUGAAGGAAUUCGAGUCGGAUAUGAAACUGUUUAGACAGAGGAUGGAUGAAAUGCAUGAAGUUAUUAUGAAGACAGGGAAGAAGAAAGAUCUUGAAAAAGAAAAAAUCGCUCUCGAAGAUAGACCAGGUAGAAUGAAACAAAGGUUUGAAGAAAUAAAUAAGCAUUUGAAAAAUCUGGAUAAUGACGUCGUUAACGUUAAAGAUCAACUAGUUGAACAUGAAAAUACACAAACGUCUAUAAGCGAGCUUAAUGUUAAAAUGGAUCAAAUGUCAUUAGAUAUAGAAAAUAUAAAACAGUUUUUGUUAAGAUUAGAAAGUAAGUUAAGUAAAUAGAUCGUAUGGACAAAUUAAGCUUAAUUAGGACAAGACAGACAUAUUGUGAUAUAAAAAGAACCAAUAAAACCAAUAAUUAUUAAUGACAA